GAGGAUCCUGCUCUCCCCCUUCUUAGAGGGCAUAUGGAUUCCUGAAAGUCCACAAAUACAAAGGUUCUGUUGGGUCGAGUUUCCUCUUUGGUCUCCAUUUCAUCUCUCGGCUUCGCCAUUAGCUCAUCAAAAUCGAAACUUUCUCGUGUUUUCAAGAUGAGAUUUGUUUCGCCUGGGCAUUGCUUCAUCAGCUUUCUGGUCCUUUUCUCAAGCCUGCGAACUGCAGUUGGGAUCAGAUUUGUCAUUGAUAGGGAAGAAUGCUUCUCCCACAAUGUUCAGUAUGAAGGCGAUACAGUCCAUGUUUCAUUCGUGGUGAUCAAGUCCGAUUCGUCUUGGCAUUACAGUCAGGAUGGUGUUGAUCUUGUGGUGAAGGGACCUACUGGUGAUCAAAUUCAUGACUUCCAUGAUAAGACAAGUGAGAAGUUUGAGUUUGUCGCUCAUCACAAAGGGCUCCAUCGUUUCUGCUUCACUAAUAGGUCUCCUUAUCACGAGACCGUCGACUUUGAUGUACACGUUGGGCAUUUCGCUUACUACGAGGAGCAUGCAAAAGAUGAGCAUUUCAGUCCUUUGAUUGAGCAAAUAGGAAAGCUAGAAGAAGCCCUUUAUAAUAUUCAGUUCGAACAGCAUUGGCUAGAGGCUCAGACGGAGCGCCAAGCAAUAGUGAAUGAAAUGAUGAGCAAAAGAGCCAUUCAUAAGGCUGUCUUUGAGUCAGUGGCACUUAUCGGGGCGAGUUUUCUUCAAGUUUACCUUCUCAGACGCUUGUUCGAAAGAAAGACGGGUCUAUCCCGAGUUUAGACUCCAUAUCCUCGCCUCUACUUAUUUUUUUUCCCCUCGAGCUGAACCUUUGUACUUCUAUGUAGCAUCUAAGUAUUUGCGUAAGUUUUUUUUUUACCCUCUCAGAUGAGCCGAACAUUGUAUAGACACAGUAUCCAAGAAAGUUCUUGAAAAUGCGAACAGCAGUGCAGGAUAAUUUUGAGGCUUCA